CAUGCUGGGUUCCGCGGGGCGCGAGCGGCGGCGGCGGCGGCGGUGAUGGGACCCCGGCGAGAGAUCUGCGGCUAGGCUGGCUGCACUUGCUCCACGGGUCAGGGGAUCGGAGGGACAGGACUGAAGAAUGUGCUGCUGAAAAGUUGAAAAGUAAACAACAGUGGAGGACAAGGAGGUCAAAGCUGGGAAGAAUGAGUUCCUGCAGCAACAUCUGUGGGUCCAAGCAAGCACAGGCACCCGCCGAGGGUGGGUACCAGCGCUAUGGAGUGCGGUCCUACCUGCACCAGUUCUAUGAAGACUGCACAGCCUCCAUCUGGGAGUAUGAGGAUGAUUUUCAGAUCCAGAGGUCACCUAACAGGUGGAGCUCCAUAUUCUGGAAGGUCGGACUCAUCUCAGGCACAAUCUUCGUGAUUCUUGGACUGACUGUUCUGGCAGUGGGCUUUCUUGUGCCCCCCAAGAUCGAAGCCUUCGGAGAAGCGGAUUUUGUGGUGGUUGACUCACACGCCAUGCAGUUUAACAGCGCCCUUGACAUGUGCAAGCUGGCAGGAGCUGUGCUGUUCUGCAUCGGGGGCACGUCCAUGGCAGGGUGCCUGCUGAUGUCGGUGUUUGCCAAAAACUACUCCAAAGAAGAGAAAUUCCUUCAGCAAAAGUUUAAGGAGCGAAUCGCAGAUAUUAAGGCCCACACCCAGCCCAUUAAUAAAGCUCCAGGCCCAGGGGAGACAAAGAUUCCAGUCACUUUGUCCAAGGUUCAAAAUGUCCAGCCUCUGUCAGCAACCUGAAGCCUUCCCCGCCCUGGUGGUCCCUGUGGCUCACACACCUCGGGAAAAGGGAUGCUGGCUUCUGAGAUAGCAAAGAUUUGAUGGUAGCCCAACUUCAGCUGUUGGCCAACAGGCACAGUGUAGGAGGGAGCUCGGAUGUGCUUGAUCCAGGUGUGACCCCAGCCACAGGCACCUGCUUAGUGCAUCCAGCUGCUGUGGGCAGAUGCACUGGGCCAACGGGAUCCCCUCUGGAGCUUCUCUUUCAGAUGUUGUGAUCGUGUCUGAUUUCCGGUAUUGUUUGAAGUGCUCCACCAUUGAGACCAGCUAAUGUGGUUUGUUUUGUUUUCUAAUAGUUGGUAUUUCUACUCCCUCCUUCGUGGUGCUGUCUUCUACCUGUGUCUUUCUGUGUAUAAAAUGUUGUCCCAUGGUGUUCAUGGAAACCUGGGGUUCCCUGAUUUUAGUCUGAACAUUAGUCUUUUAAUUGCAUCUUACCGGGAAAGUUCCAGAGAUUGGACAAAAAUUUAUCAUGUUCCCCAUAAUUCUUUGUGUAUUCAGAUUUUUUUCUCAAUUAUGAAGCUCAAAUUGCUUGACUGGGCAUGGU